AUGGAAAGAUAUUUGGACAGAGUGCAAGCUACGCCCGAGCGAAAUAGCAGCGAGAACAACCCACAGAAUGCCCCUGUGAUAAAAGAGAUCAAAAUCAGCGGGAAGCCGAUUCCAGAGACGAUCAUGGACGACCUGUGCGCACGCUUUCUUCUGAACAUUCCGGACAGCGAGCGGCUGGACAUGAUCCGGCUCAUGUUCCAAAUCGAGCAGGCGCACUGGUUCUACAUCGACUUUUAUCGCGCUGAGGACAAGAAUCUACCCGAAAUGCGUCUACCUCAAUUCGCCGCGCGCAUAAACGAGUGUGUCGGUGCUGAUCUCCAAUUGGAAGGAGUACAAAAAGAAGUGCCGACUUUUGGAGCGAUCAUAAUGGACAAAAAGAUGACGCACUGCAUUUUAGUCCAAGGAAACUCGGAAAGAGCAAGCUGGGGCUUCCCAAAAGGAAAAGUCAACAUCGACGAGAGCCCUGAAAAGUGCGCCCAGCGAGAGGUACUCGAAGAAGUCGGCUACGAUGUCUCCCCGCUGCUGGAUAAAAGAAACUUUAUUGAAGUCGAUUUGGCCGGGCAGAUAAACCGACUUUACCUUUGCCCCGGUUGCCCGCUGAAAACAGAGUUUGUGACUCAAACGCGAAACGAAAUCAGCUCCAUCAAAUGGUUUCCCAUUGAUGCUCUGCCGUUGCACAAAAAGGACACUUCGUCAAAAGAGAAGCUCGGCAUGGGAUCGCAGAAUUUUUACAUGGUGACUCCGUUUGUUAGCCAACUGAAACAUUGGAUCCAGCGGCAGCAGUUCACCAUGGGCGGGAAGAAAACGCCGCGGAGGAACAAGCGAAACCAGGGCGAGGGAUCAGAUGAAGACAUCAAGGACAUUCCUCCACAGCAUUCGUCGUACAUUCAGAAGCCAAAGCAAGUCAAGAAGAUCAUGCAACGAGCAAGAGCGGACCAGAGAGCGUCGGAAGCGAUCGACUCCUCUGACGAGGAAAACGAUAUGAGUAGGUCCGACGGACUGAAAGUAAGCCCCGGUGCGGCCAAGCGAAUCCUCAAAAAGCACUGGCCGAGAGAGGACGGCAAAGACCUCGCUCAAAGCUACCAGCGGUCGAAUUUAAUGCCCGACCGAGCACUUCACUCGCGCAAAAAUGCCAAAUCCACCCAGGCCAAACAAAAACAACUCGAAACAAACUCCGAGGGCGGUUUUAUUCCAGAGGCUUGGAGGAAUUUUUCAUUCGACAUGGACAAGAUACGCGCUGCCAUGUUUCAAUGA